AUGUCAAGCUCACUUCCACCCACUUCACACACUCAGACGAUCACACCUACUUCUACAGCUAACAACUCCACUACCGAUCUUAUCACACGUGCUUAUACUCGUACAUCAAUGAACGAUCCAGCACGAGAGCCAAGGCCGACCUCUGAAACACCGGCAAGCAACCAGCAAUGCCCGGCUGAAGGAGAAGUAUGCGGGAAUGAGCAAGAGGUAUAUUGGGAAGGUCAAAAACAAGAAAGGAAUGUUCAAAACACAUGUACAUCGAAUGAUCCCUCUCAGAACAUUAACACGGCCACAUCGACCACCGCCAAGGUGGUGUUCCCACCUUGGAAGAGAAAUGAUAGAUGGUCAGGUUGGAUGAGCGAUACAGUCACUGCUCAGUCGUUGGUACUUUGUCUGAUCUUACAAGCUUUCUCUACUGGUAUAUUGGACGCAACUACUUAUCUUGAUUUCUCGACAUUCGCUUCUAAUCAAACCGGUAAUACCAUCCUACUCACGGUGGCGAUAGUGAGAGUAUCGGGCCAUCUACUUUUGUUGACCGGUGUCUCCCUCGCAAGUUUCUUGAGUGCUGCUUUGGUAUUUGGACAUAUUGGACAUCUUGUUGGCGUCCGAAGACGAAUCUGGCUACUUCUCAAUGUCUUCUGUCAAAUCAUCUUCCUGAUCCUCUCAGCCAUCUUCCUAUCACCCUCUGGUCCAGCUCAGACUCGACUCGGAGCGAAACACGAGUGGGUAAUCAUAUCCCUGUUCGCAAUUAUGUCAGGCGCACAAGUAUCAGCUGCUCGUCAGGCUUCUAUACAAGAAAUCCCCACUGCACCUAUGACUUCCUCCUAUGUCGAUUUGGUCUCGGACAAAUACCUAUUCGUAGGGUUUAAUCAUAAACACUCAAGCGGCAGGAACAGGCGACUGGCAUAUAUUUCAGCGAUGAUCAUAGGAAGUUUCAUCGGUGGGAUCAUGCACAAGUAUGCGGGAUCAUGGGUUGUAGUGGUCGUUGCUAUGGGAUUCAAGUUGGCGGUGAUGGGGUUGAUGGCUGUGGCUCCCGCGGAAAUCAAGGAGAAGAAGGAGAAAGCGAAUGGAAUCAAUGCUUGUUAG